AUGCCUAAGUGUUCUGAAGAAGAGAGUGAGGAUAUUAAAAAAAUGGAGAAAGUGACCAAGGUGUUGUUGGUGAUGUUGGCCAUGGUGGUGUUGCUGCAUGCUUGGGAUGUGGAAGGAGGAAGAUUACUUAAGGAGGAGGAGAAUGUGGAUCAGCCCCAGAACUUCAUCGGACCCGGAGGCCUUGGAGGGAUAUUUCCGAGCCCAAGCCCAGGUUUCAGCUUCACCGGUGUGGGCUUUGGCCCAAACGGGUUUUGCACUUUCCCUGGUGGCUGUACCCCUACUUUGCCCACUCUCCCCGGAGGUGGUGUGGGCUUGAAACUAGAGGAGAAUGGAUACCUUCAUGUUCAUAUAUAUGAUGCAGUGUUUGAUGCCUCUUGGAGCAAGAGGCUGAAAGCAAGAUUGCCUAUGAGACGUGCACCAAGACUAACUUGGUCUUGCUCUGGGGUCCAUGGCCACCUCACCAAGCGACCAGAACUCAUAGGAGCUGGUGAUCAGGGUUACAUUUUUGGCUAUGCCACAGAUGAAACAGCUCAGCUUAUGCCUCUCAGUCAUGUCCUUACAACCAAUCUCAGUCAUGUCCUUACAACCAAGAAUGGUGCCCGGGUCACCGAAGAGUGCGAGAAUGAGACCAGUCUUUGGUUGAGACCUGAUGGAAAAACUCAUGUCACUGUUGAAUAUGCUAAUGAUAAUGGUGCUAUAUGGCCCGGUAUGUGUCCAAACUGUUUCGUAUUUACUUGGCAUGAUGAAACUGUUACUAAUGAUGAGAUUGUUGCAGACCUGAAAGAGCAUGUUAUUAAGCCUCUUGUUCCUGCCACCUGGUUUAGGAGUCAAUUUUCCAUCUCAAUCCAUCUAGUCGUUUUGUGA